AUAGGCCGAUAAACAGCUGUUCGUGAAGAAAAACAAAUUUAACAAAUUGUGCAAAGUUAAAUGCGAUCCUUAUUAACGAACACGUCACAAUUUUUCGGUCAAAAUGCGUUUUUGGCUCGCCUGCAACGCGGCUGUUUUUUGCAUAUUCCUACAUGUGUUGGCGGAAGACAGCAGUGGACAACAAAAGGAGCUCCAAAACAACAUCACGACCAUCAACAACUCCACGCCUGAAAGUAGUAACUCUCACCCCCCAUUCGAUGUGGCGGUCAACAGUCCACUGGGGAACAUUUCCUCGGCAACUGCUGCUCCUGUGAGUGCAGUAAACACCACAAGGAAGGGAAACGCAUCCACAGUGAUCACGGAGCCACCACUCAUUGACUCGCAUGCCGUCGAGCAGGAGCACAACUCCUCGCUUUCCUUGUUCUUUGUAAUUUGCGUGAUCAUGCUAGGUAUCCUGUUAAUCCACUCCAUGCUGCAGACCGGAUUUCAGUAUUUGCCGGAAAGCAUUGUCGUGGUCUUCCUGGGCGCCCUCAUCGGCUUGUCGCUGAACAUAAUGUCCGGACAGAAUGGCAGCUGGAAGCGCGAGGAGGUUUUCUCGCCAAUGGGCUUCUUCUUGGUCCUUUUACCGCCAAUUAUAUUCGAGUCCGGUUACAAUCUGCACAAAGGAAACUUCUUUCAGAACAUUGGUUCCAUCCUGGUUUUUGCCAUAUUCGGCACAACGAUUUCUGCACUAGUCAUUGGAGCUGGAAUUUACCUGCUAGGCCUGGCAGAGGUGGCGUUUCGCCUGAGCUUUUCGGAGUCGUUUGCCUUUGGCUCGCUUAUCUCGGCUGUUGAUCCUGUCGCGACGGUCGCUAUUUUUCAUGCUCUUGACGUGGACCCAAUUCUAAACAUGUUGGUGUUCGGUGAGAGUAUCUUAAACGACGCUAUAUCUAUUGUGCUCACCGCCUCCAUCACCCAAUCGGCCAACGCAAACGCAGAGGCCAGCACUGGUGAGGCAAUGUUUAGUGCGCUAAAGACUUUCUGCGCUAUGUUCUUCGCGUCGGCGGGUAUUGGAGUUAUCUUUGCCUUGAUAUCUGCUUUGCUCCUCAAGCACAUCGAUUUGCGGAAGCAUCCGUCCCUUGAAUUUGCCAUGAUGCUUAUGUUUACGUACGCCCCCUACGUUUUGGCCGAGGGAAUACACUUAAGUGGCAUCAUGGCUAUACUAUUUUGUGGAAUCGUCAUGUCUCACUAUACGCAUUUCAAUCUGUCCACGGUCACUCAAAUCACCAUGCAACAGACAAUGAGGACACUGGCAUUUAUUGCUGAAACAUGUGUAUUUGCCUAUCUGGGCCUGGCGAUUUUCUCAUUCAAGCACCAAGUAGAACUCUCUUUUGUUAUAUGGGCUAUAGUGCUCUGUUUAAUUGGCCGGGCCUGCAACAUUUUUCCUCUGGCCUUCUUGGUUAACAAAUUCCGCGAGCAUAAGAUCAACAACAAAAUGCAGUUCAUCAUGUGGUUUUCGGGUCUUCGAGGAGCCAUUUCUUACGCGUUGUCUUUGCACUUAAACCUUGACAGCCAGGAAAAGCGCCACGUCAUCAUAACAACUACAUUGAUCAUCGUGCUGUUUACCACGCUAGUAUUGGGAGGCUCUACUAUGCCUCUGUUGAAAUACCUUAAGCCUGGUAAGAAACGCCGCACACGUGGUUCUGUGCGAAAUAGCACUGAAGAUGGAGGACGUCGGGCCAGCGGCCGAAAGCGGUCGAAGUCGAUUUCUCUGUCAAAGACCCGCGAAUGGGGCCAGGCAAUCGACUCAGAACACUUGUCGGAGCUCACCGAAGAGGAGGAUGUAACCUUUACACAAGCAAGGGAUCGCUUUGGCCGCAUGGAUCGCAAGUACUUUAUUCCGUUCUUUACACGACGCUUUAACAGUCAGGAACUGCACGAGUGCAAGUCGCAGAUGGCCGACCUGACCAACAAGUGGUAUCAAGCCAUUCGUGUGAGUCCAUUAGAUUCGGAUGAGUCGGAUGAAGAGAUCGGGUUGGCGGCCAGUACAAGUCAGAGCCAUCUGGCGCGAUCGUAGUGAUUCAGGGAUGUUUUGGAGAACUCUGUGGCUGUGUUAAGACACCUUGGUGGCCAAAAGUCAACGAUCGUAUUUAUUACUUUUUUUUUAUAGUUCUUUUAUUUAUCCGUGUUACUUAGAAAAACGGUGGUGGUACUUGUUAACUUGUGUAUAUAUUUUCCUCGUUUCUAGACGCUUAUCUUGUUAGACCCAAUUGCAAGGAUAAGUUUGUAUUAUGCUAGUUCCUUUAUUUAUCCGCUUCGAGCAGUAUUCCAUUGCACAAGACAUUUGGUCUUAAAAAUGGCAAUUUGAACGUGACAAAACCAGCCCAAGUCAGAAACACACGCUUAAAAUGGUUAAUGAUACUAAAAUGUAUGCAUGUUUUGGCUGUAUUUGUUAUUUUUAAAAUUUUUGAAACCAAAUAUAAUAAAUAUCUAAUUGUGAUACCAUUAACAAGAUAAUUGCAAAAUUA